AUGGACAUUUUUACAAAAUUCAAAGAUCCGAAGUAUGAAGAUAGACAGCUGGCAGAUCUAGUGCUGCAUUCAUCCUUGGAUGUUCACAAACAGGACCAAUAUGGUUGGACUUUGUUGGCCCUUGCAGCUAAAACCGCAAAACCGUUGACUGCUGCUGCACUCAUUGAAGAGAGAAAUGCCAAUGUUGAUCAAACCAACAAGCACGACAAGAGUACGCCCCUCUUCUGGGCUGCCCGUGAAGGAGAUGAUGAUAUUGUCGAAUUGCUAUUAAAGCACGAUGCCAAUCCCAACAAGGCUACAAAAAAUGGGCUGACACCACUCUUGGUGGCGGCCCGAGAACGGCAAGAUAAGGUUAUCAAAGUUUUGCUGGUUUCUCCCAAGGUCAAUGUGGACCAAACCGAUCAUGUCCAUAGAACACCCCUUCAUUAUGCCUGUGAAUCGAAACCCAGUGAGUCGGAACCCAAGUCAACGGCAAAAUUGCUCAUUGAGCGAGGUGCCAGCAACCUACCGGACAAUAAUGGGAUAACUCCCUUUCAUAUUGUACAAGAAGCGAUGGCGGAAUUGUUAUCGGCGCUUUUAGAUUUGGAAAAGCGGCAUCUAAAACUCCUUGGCAAUUAUCCCUUUGGUGCGUCGUAUUUGGUCAAGGAUCCCUAUGGCCAUCUUCCUGCCAAUCAAGCCGUUCGCUUUGGAAGUGACCACUUGGUCGAAAUGCUCACACUAGCGGAUGAAACCAAUGUCCUCGCCGAAACUUUGGGACAGUCUGGCUAUUCACCCUUGCAUCGAUCCUUGACGAUUAGUUACCAACUCUCCAAGCGGGAAUCAAUCGUGGAAUUUCUUUUGAAAUCCAAAAAGGAGCACGGUUUUGAUGAUCAUAAGUAUCAUGCCAAGAUUAUUGAAUCGGUUCGGAGGCCCGAUCCCAAGGGAAAUUAUCCAUUGCACUUGGCACUUCAAUUCUCUCCCUCGAAGAAAAUAAUCAAAUUGCUACUGGAAGCCGAUCCAUAUGAACCGGGCAGAAAACAAAUUCUAAGUAUUCCUGGAUCCGAUGGCUUCACGCCCCUUCAUACCGCAAUAGCGACUGAUCAUUUGGACAAAGAGAUUAUCAAAAUGCUCAUUAAAUACGAUAAAACAGGCGAAACUGUCUUGACAAGAGAACCCAAGAAUCGCAAAUUGCCUAUUCAUUUUUCUUUUGACAAGUCGCUGCCAUCUGUGGACGAACUCAAGGCAGUGGUGGACGGAGAUUGGGAAAAGAGAUCUGUUUAUAUGCGGGAUGGAAAUGGUUCCAUUGCGUUGCACCAUUUACUUCGAAAACAAACCAAGGACGACGAUCCAAAAUUAGUAGCGGCCUUGGCCGAAAUACUAUUGUCUGAAUCAGAAAAGCAAACCUUUGGAAAGGAAGAUGGAUUGCCAGGAGCUGAAAAAUACAGUCCAUUGGUCAUGCUUGAAGAUCGCGAUACAGGGAUGUUGCCCUUGCAUAUGGCCUACAAGUACGGAGCUCCAUUCGAAGUGAUUGAUCUUCUCAUGAAAUUUGAAGACCCUAAUGAAGAGACCAGUCGUCCAUCCUUGAUUGUGGACAAGGCUGGAAAAUUGCCACUUCAUCAUGCCUGCGAGAAUCCCUCGACUAACCCAGCUUCUAUCUAUUUGUUAUUGGCACAUAGCGAACUCGACUCGAUUGCCGCGAUGGAGGACAUCAAGCGCGAGAACCUGUCAAAAUAUCUGGAUUACAUCUAUCCGUUGUUGGAAAACAAAAAGCUUGACACGAUUGCGGCCAUAGACAAGCAAAAGAACCUUCCACUCUUUUUAGCCUUGAGAUUGGAAAAUGUCGAUCUGAAUCUAUUGGAUGCACUCUUGCCCGACAAAGGAAGCCAACUCACUGAAAUGUCGUCCAUGCGAAGAAAGAUGGAAGAGCCGAAGGAUCUCCUGGAUAAAAUUUCUCCCAAUACCAUGAAUGAAGAGUUGAAGGAGCUUCUACAACAGAAAAUAGAAUCCAAGACAGCCUUUCGUGGAAUUGUGAACGUCAACGCCAUAGAGUGGUUGUACCAUAAGUGCCGAGGAGCUGGAAUCGAAGACUACAAGGUUAAUGAUGCAAUCAUGGCUACUCUAGAUUCGCAGACUACUAUUGAUUGGCUAAAUGCAAAGUCGUACAGUCGAUGGUCGGUAUUUUUGCUUAUGAGCGACAUGUAUGGACACAUCACAUGGAUCAUUGUCUUUAUCACGGCAUCCAAGACAUACCUUUCCAAUUUGUAUUUGGGCAACAACGAAGACUACCAGUACUCUGGUCGGAUACUGCUUUUUGUAUCAGGCUAUUUUUUGAUCUUUCGAGAAGCCAUUGAGGUGUUUGGGAAUGAUUCUUUGUGGACAUACUUGAAGGAUCCUUGGAAUUGGUUCGAAAUGGCAGCGAUUGCAUGCGUCAUUACUUCUGGAACCUAUUUUGUAUAUGAAGAACAAAGUGAGAUUGCUCCAUUGCUAAUCACAACUGGGCUCUUUCAGUUUGCCUUUGCUGUUUCGUUUCUAAGAACCACAUUUUUGGCCUAUGCGCAGUUUGUGGGAGGGAUCCUGAAUAUCUUAUAUGAGCUGAUUCCGUUUUUCUUGGUGACGGGUAUGAUCUUGAUGGCAUUUGCAUUUGCCUCAUUUGUCCAAAACUUUAACGACGAUGAUGAAGAAAUUAGGGCGAAUUUCGCAAACUUUGGGGAGUCCUUCUUGACUCUUUUUGGUGAGUUUCUGGGCGGCCCAGAGCGACCGAAGACUGUUUCAGAUAUCCUUUUUGGAGUAAUCAGUGUUGUAAUUUUGUUGAAUGUUGUUAUUGCCAUUAUCAGUAACGCAUGGGACGACUCGACGGGAGAGACCACGAUUCGAUUCUGGCAGUAUCGACUCGGCUUUAUCGAAGAAGUAGCCUACACCAAGGAAGUUCUCAAAAAACCAGUCACAUGGUUCCGCCAAUGUUGCAUCGGUGACAGAACCCACAGAAAAAGGACGGUAAUCCAACCUCUCCCCCCGACCACCAAGACAACCCCUGAAGAAAAGGAAGUAUCUCCUUCCGUUCACAAAGUGAAGCAUCACUUGGCAAAACCACAUGACGUCCACAAGCCGGAUCUAACCGCGUGGGAAACAUUCGGGUUCUGGGUGUCUUAUUUAUUCCUCUUGCUUCUUGGACUUUGUUCCUUUGGUCAAGCAUGGCCAAAUCGCAUUCGGAAGGACGUCUUUGGAAGAAACAAGAGGACCGUCGUUUUGAAGAAGGAGGAUAAGGAAGCCAACUCUGCAACGCUUGAUGGAAUUCACAAGUCGGUCCAACAGCUUAACGGUGCCAACAUGGAAGAACGAAUGAAGAAGGUCGAGGCAGACAUGCAAGGAAUGAAAGGCACUAUGAAUGAAGUCCAUGAUCUACUCAAGAAGCUGGCACCAAAACAGUCUCCAGAGCCUCAACGUGGAACGGAGGAAACGUGA